ACCCAAGUUCUUCCUCCUGCCAGGGCUGAACUUCUAGACAACUGCCUGCUCUCUGUGUGUGUUCGGCCUUCCCCUACGGCACACUCCCCUGGUCCCAGAGGAAUCAGACGAUGUCCACAGACAUGGAGACGGCAGACGUCGGCCAGGUGGACCCUGAGGCCCCACAACCCACCCACAUCGAAGUACACAUCCAUCAGGAGUCUGCUCUGGCUAAAUUCCUGCUGGCCGGAUGCUCAGUGCUAAGGGUUCCGGCAUCUUCCUCCGCCCAGAGCCAGGACAGCAGCAGAGUGUUGGUGGCCUCCUGGGUGGUGCAGAUUGUGCUGGGGGUUCUGAGUGUGAUUCUGGGCGGCACCCUCUACAUCUGCCGUUAUUCUGCCAUGAUUAUCGGAGGUGCCGCCUUCUGGACUGGGAUCGUGGCUAUGCUGGCUGGAGCUGUUGCCUUCCUUCACAAGAAACGGGGUGGUACCUGCUGGGCCCUGGUGAGGACCCUUCUUGUGCUGGCGAGUUUCUGCACGGCUGUGGCGGCCAUCGUUCUCGGGUCUCGUGAGUUCAAUGUUUACAUGUACUAUCUGAGAGAUGCUGUCUGUCAAAGAGACUCUUCAUAUCGCUGGUCUACCAUGCCCAGCAACACUCCAGGUCCCGAAGAAGCUGAUAGGAUAGCCUUGUGCACGCUCUACACGAGCAUGCUAAAGACUCUGCUCAGAGGCCUCCAGGCGAUGCUCUUGGGUGUCUGGGUGCUGCUGCUCCUGGCUUCUGUCACCCCUGUAUGUGUCUACUUCUGGAAAAGGUUCUUCACAAAGGCGGAAACAGAGGAGAAGAAACUGCUGGGUGCAGCUGUGAUCUAACCGCUGCUUUCCUCUUGUUCUGGGCAUCCCUCCUUCUGAAGCCUGAAGGAGGAGUCAGGCAGGAGGAAGAAGACCCUACGCCACCACCAGGCCCAUGGCCACUGCCUGGCUCUGCCCAGCACCACAGCAGCUCCCAGCGGCCCCCAGCGGCCCCCAGUGGCCCCCUCUACCUUCACCAUCCUGCUUCCCUUUUCAGGCAGCGACUUGACAAUAAACUCUCCUGUUAUUGGUA